AGUCGCUCGAUGCAGUCAUACAAUAAUUUUUUUUCGUGGCAAAACACAACCACGCGAUACCGGUACCCAUUUGUUUACAAUUGCACCCGGUGCAUAACGACAGAUCUCCAGCGAUUUGUGCUUUUGUGAAUGUGAAUUGGAGUCAUACAGAAUUAAAAAAUUUUCUCGCACUUUUUAUUCAUUAUUUAUUUUUCAUGCGUGAAGUUUACGAACUGGAGAAACUGUGAAAUAUCCGGAGUGUAAUCCGCGGGAGGAUCCGCGGAUUUUCAAUCCAGUGGCUGUUUCUACUGGUCAGACACUCGAAGAAUCAUCGGUCCUUCAGGUCAGCGGAAAAUGGUGUACGGCGGUGGAUUCGAGAUGGAAACGAUGCCACAGACAGUUCCAACGGCCGCUGGCUUCUCGCCCUCAUUCGACUACACGACCUUUCAAUUUGAUCUGUCCCUCUUACCCGACGACUACACCACGUCCAUCACUCAGACAACCCUAAAACCAACUCAGAUUAAACAAGAAGUACACUCACCGAGACCAGGAUCACCAACGACUUAUCCAAGUCCCCCAUAUCCCGGCCUGACUGGCCAAUUGUCUCCAAAUUAUUCACGUGACGCAUCACCUGGGUAUCCAACCAGUCCAUACUACGUACCACAGAGUCCACAGAGUGCACAAUUGUAUCCCACCAGUCCAGAUCCAGUUAAACAGCCAGUGAAGAGAGAGAAGAGUCUUGAUCUGCUAGCUAUUCUCCAUGAAUCAAGACUUUUAGCCGAAAGUCUUGGAUACAAAGAGGACUCCACCGACUGCACAGUGCCCUGCACACCCCCUCGUACAGAAGAGGACAUCUACAAUACCCUGGACACAGAUUUCUUUCCAAAACGAGAGGAAUCCAAUCCUCUACUCAAGGAGAUCCUCUUCAAGGAGGAGCCCCGCUCAAUCAGCUCCUCCCAAUCGUCUUCACCAGCUCCAACAGACCUGGAACCAUCACCACUCCGCACUCUCCUGUUCAAGGACAACCUGAAAGAUUCGACACAUCAAGAAAACUCGAAGAAUCCUCCACUCAUCCCCAAAAUUGAGAUUCAGGACGAGGAGACAAUCGCUGGCCAGGGAAUUGUCGAUCCUCUCUGUCGAGAGGGGGAGAUAUUUAAGGAUAAUCAGAAGAACGAUCAUCAGCUCCUCAGGGAGGUCCUCAGGGACACCAGCUUCCAGAGGAAAUAUAAUUUGAGACCUGUUGAACUCGGUGGUGUUGGCACUGGUUUCGUCGAGGAUAUGGACAGUAGUGAGUGCGUUGGAGAUCUUGCACGUGAACAAAUCGAACCCGUUCUCAGUCUAGCUAUUCAACAACUCCAGAAAGACUUCGAUAAUACCUGCGUUGCACUUGGAAUUCAUCCCGAACCCCGUCGUUGGAGUGCAGCCGAUGUUGCAGCCUGGGUUCAAUGGGCUAGAAGACAACUCCAACUGCCGUCGGUGCCUCUGGACAGCUUUAAUAUCGAUGGUGCAACCCUCGCCUCCCUCACGGAGGAGGAAUUUUGUCAGAGAGCACCUCAGUGUGGGAGUAUGUUGUAUGCGCAAUUGGAGAUUUGGAAAGCUGCGGUUGAGGAGUCACCGAGGAAUACGUUGGCCGCAUCCUGGAGUCCACCUGGUGUUGUCCAGCCGACUAAUAAUGGAAAUCUCAGUCCAGCUUCUUCGAUGAGUGCUGGACCAGCUAGUGUCACAGCUUCAUCUUGCAAUUUGGAUUAUAGCGAUGAUGAGGAUGACGACUCGAGUCCAGUCCAAACUCCCACGAAUGGUGGAAAAAUGCGCAAUGGAGGUUCCCAUAUUCAUCUCUGGCAGUUCCUCAAGGAACUCUUGCAGAGCCCUGGACUCCAUGGCUCGUGCAUCCGCUGGCUGGACCGCACAAAGGGUGUAUUCAAGAUCGAGGACUCUGUCAGAGUCGCCAGACUCUGGGGCAAACGCAAAAAUCGACCUGCCAUGAACUACGAUAAACUCAGCCGCAGCAUCAGGCAGUACUACAAGAAGGGCAUCAUGAAGAAGACAGAACGCAGUCAGAGGUUAGUCUAUCAGUUCUGUCAUCCGUACAGUCUCUGAAACCAUUCCGAAUAAAAUAAAUCUCGAUCUUAGUUCUCAUGCAGAAAUAUUAUGAAUAAAAAAUUCAUAAUAAACCGUAGAAAAAAUCUAAAACGUAAAACCGAGUCGUUCAUCAUGUUUCAUCAUUUCGAAAUUAUUAUCUUUUAGUCUAAAGUAAUGUAAUAGUAAUCUCGAUGGAAUCAGUUAAUCAUUAAAUAUUUUUAUUAAUUAUUGAUAAUGACUCGAGUAAUUUUAUCAUUUUACUACGAUUUAUUUAAAAUAUAAUUGCACACACAAUGGAACUUUGAUCGAGAUAAGAGAAGACUCGGUGUUUCGGGUUCUUUCUGACGAAAGAUCUCCGAAGUUAUCGUGGGAUUGUGUAAAUUUUAGCGUGAAUGACGAGUGAAAUUCGAGACGAUGAAGAUUUGAUUGGUUGUGAUUGAUGAGUGACUUGACAGAAAGAAAAAAAAAAUCCACCGUGGUCAUUAUUGCCGACAGCUGAUGUUAAGCCACGGUUGGUUAAUCCGAGUACGCCUAUUUUCGGCGGUUAUUAAAUUUAAGAUUCUUUCAAUAAUCUUCAUUACGCCUAUUCUCGUUUUUAUUUUUCCGAGUUGCUGCAGUGGAGGUACGUCCACUGCUGCCAUUAUUUUUUAUUAUUCAUUGUCUUCUACGAAUUUUCUCAAUUAUUCGUUAAGGAAACUAUUGUUUUAGCCUCGUAGAUAUCUUUUCUCACGAUUGCUUGCUGGCCCUCGUCGAGUUGCUCUGUCAGGUAAAAGAAAAAAAAACAAUCAUUUUCCAUUAUUUAUUUUUACCCAGUCGUUGGUGCACUCUGCGCGCGUGGAACUUUUCGCUGCUGCGCGAUUGCCGAUGUCAGAAUAAUCAGAGAAUCAUUUGAAAUAUUUGAGUUUAAAAAUUCAUCAGAUAAAAUUCAAUCAAAGAAUUUUUCAAUAAUUUUCCCCUUCACUCCCACGACCCUCGACUUUCCACAAUUUUUCCAAUUAUUAUUUCCACAUCUGACUAUUUAAAUAAAUAUAAAUAUUCAAUCAACAUUGAUAAUAAUAAUUCUAUCGAUUUUCUAAAGAAUUAUACGGAAAUCCGAUCGGCCGAUAGAUAAUUGAUAAAACCUGGUGGAAUAUUCUCGUUUAUUAAAUGAAUAAUUGAUUCUUCUGAUUAAUUUUCUGGCACAACGAUACAGAGCUCUUGAGCUCGACUUGGUCCGGUGAUUUUGGUCCCAUAUAUCUAUGAUAUAUUAAUCUUUGUAUGUUCCAUGAACGAUCUAGGUAUUAAGAAAUCCUCCAAGUUAUAUCUCCCCUCAACUAAAGCUACAUCUAAUUAAUAAAAUGACUCAAGUGGGUCAAAAAACAAUUAGACGACUACUUCCCUCACAAAUGAAUUAUUUAUAAACAAUAACAUUUUGCAAUGCUCGUACUUCUCGCUAUAUUGGGAUCGUGGUUUGUUCAUUAAUUUAAGCUCGGAGAUUUUUACAUUAAAAUUAUUAAGAUUAAAUUUAUUAUCACUCGUAGAUUGAUAUUUGUUUGUUAAGUUAUUUAUGUACUUCUGUUCUCUUGUAAGUUAUGGUCUCCUUCGGAGAUAUUUAAUGGGCGUUUUGAGUUUUAUUAUUAUUAUUCUGUAUAUAAAGCGGUAGAUGUUGAUGGAGGAGAGGUCUACACAUAUUUAUACAUGUUUUUUGAUUCCAAUGUUUAUCAAGAUUCUCGUGCAUGGUGAGAAAGUAAACGUGUUAUAGUUUUCAGACAUAUAGGUAUUUUCAAGCUGAAAUACGUGACUUGUUUUGUCGCUCGUGAUUCACGAUGCACUGAAAUCGAAAUGGAGAAUUCAAAUGGAAAUGUGUAAAUGUUUAAUGCAGGUGAUAGGUAAAUCAUAAAUACCCCACAUCAAUGCAUUAUAAAUAUCCUUCUUGAAAUUUUUAUUAAUUCAAAUUAUCCAAUUAUCAAUUACACCAGCAAUCGAACUGAAUAAUUAACAGAACCAUUCUUUUUCACUGUGCACAACAAUUUGAAAACAAUAAAUUUCAUUAUAAUCGUAAGUAAUUGGUUAAGCUCGAGUGUUCCAAAAAUAUUAAAUUUCCCAAGUGCCUAAAUAAUGAUUGAAAAUAUAAAGAUGACAAAAUUGUGAAUAUAGAUAAAUCCGUAGAGGUAGUCGAUGUUUAUUUUUUGAGAGUGCAUUUGCAGUUGUUAAGUAUAAUUAUUAUUAAUAUUGGAGAAAGUGCAAGGGAGUGAAUUGUUGAAUGAUGACACUAUUUUAGUUUAAACCCUCGCUGGGGGUCUAGGACUCUCAGGAAAGGAGGAAGGAUUCUCCAACACUCCUUAAACGUUCGUUGUCGGUACGAAAACGAGUUUACAUAAUGGGAUCGUAAAGUGUGUGGACUGCGAUACUUACUUGGUACAUGGGACGGUGUAACCCAUCGGUUAACCCAUGUGUAUCCUCUAGGGCUAUGACCAUGAACCGUACCAACAAUGUUGAUGAUUCCAAUACGUCAACGUCAGCAAUUAAAAUUUCAUUUCUCUAAAAAAUAUGUAAAA